UUCCCCUCCGGGCCUGGGCGCCUCCGGGAAACUCUCGCAAAGUUCUAGGCAGCUUUGGGCUGUGGCUAGGGGCUAGCCCCGCACCCCGAGGGAACCCGGUAUAGGGUUGUGAAACUGACUCUCAGAGGUGACCGGCUUUGUGUCCAAUUCCAGUACCCCCUCCUCCCAGACAUUUGGCUGUGAACACCCCCACCACCCCAAACAGAUGCGAAGUAGUGGGGACCAGGUUGGAUAAGGUCUUCGGGGGAGGGGAGUUGGAGUCGAAGUUGGUUAUGGUCCCUGUGUGUUAAAAAUCCCACCUAUGUUGGCACUUCCAAGUUGGAGGUCUUGUGUCCAAUGUUGAUCCCAGAACUCCAGAAACCCUCAAAGGGACCUGGAAAAGCUCUGGACGUGUGUUUAAACUUCUCUGCUCUUUGGGGUUUGGAAAAGGUUGAGAUUUAGGGUGUCAGCUUGGGAGAGUUGAAACGAUAGCACGUGGGCACAGAGAUCCCCCAAGAGCCUGCAGCCACUGUAUCAUUUCAAAUGGUUUCACCCCCAUUUGGGUGACAGGAUUUGUCGUCAGGAUUUUUGCCUCCCAGUCUUCUUGGUCAGUGUUUAGGAUGGAAGGGCAGUAGGUUGCGUUGCCAGCCUGAGGGAGACUAGUUUCCCGUGGGUCUCACACUGGGACAUUUUGGGGUGUGGGUCACAGUGGCAGGCCGCCCCUGGGACUCUGAAGCCCAGUUCUGGGCUUGCUAGCAUCUGUAUUCAACUAUAGUUCUUUCUCCUGUGGGGAAUGCCAGAAUGCGUGCCGGGGUCUCCAGGUGUCCGGCAUUUUGGUGGGGGGUCCGCCCGCUUGCCGGUAUUACUUUGCAGAAAGCCCUUCUCUCCCCUGCCAUCUGCAUCCAAGAUGGACUCUCACAGUGGCUCCUCCGCCUUCCCUGUCAUCAUCUCUCACGCCCUCCAGGCCUGCCUCCUGCUCACUGAGUUGCCAAGCUGCGGCCUGGCCGGCAGUGGCAGUGGCGGAGUUAGACAAAGCCCCCGCCUUCCCCGCCCGAGAGCCCCCCCCCCAGGGCGCCCCAAGUGGCGGGAAGGCCGCCAGCUCCCCAGGCCCAGGCCGCUCUUUGUCUGGCGUGGGGGCGGGGAGCUGAGCCUGGCCCCAGGAGCUUCCUGGCCUCUGCCAAGCCCUCUCAGCUCUCUGCACACUGCGCUCAUUGUCUGAGAUGCUCCACACCGGCUGAGCUGACGUGGAACCGCCUCCCUGGCCUCUUUCAGCCCAGGUGCUGGUGUCUUACAGAAGGAGAGGGCAUGAGUGGCGGAGGAGCACCCUUCCACCCCGACUCCCCAGGGGGGCAGACAUCUUCCUAUUAAUGAAUAGGGUGCUGGCUUUGACACAAAGUCAGGUUCAUCUCCACUCCUCCAGGGUGAUACCAGGCUUGAGGUCCUCUGCCAGUAUGGGGGUACUUCUCAUUCCUUCUUUACCCUCAGCCCCUUAAGGGCAUUCCCAACGUCAUUAAUCCUUCUACUGGGGAGCAUGGCCUCAAACAAGUGGAGAAACUGAGCCCCGGAAGAGCCUUGACAGGUCCCACCGCCAGGAGUGGCACUGCUGGGACAGACUCCCAAGUCCAGGAGAAAAGAUGUGACAGGGAGGGAGUGUCCAUUCACCGUCUACUAGCAUGGCGACCUCCUCCCAGUAUCGCCAGCUGCUGAGUGACUAUGGGCCUCCAUCGCUAGGCUACACCCAGGGAACUGGAAAUAGCCAGGUGCCUCAGAGUAAAUAUGCAGAGCUGCUGGCCAUCAUUGAAGAGUUGGGGAAAGAGAUCAGACCCACGUAUGCAGGGAGCAAGAGUGCCAUGGAGAGGCUAAAACGAGGCAUCAUUCAUGCCCGAAGCCUGGUUCGGGAGUGCUUGGCUGAAACGGAACGGAACGCCAGGUCCUAGCCCCUGGCCAGUCUGCAGGCCCAUCUCUACCCCAUGGAGAUGAGAGGCUUUGUUCAAAAUGGCAGUAAUUUUUCUACCACAGUCAUUAAGCUCUGAACCCACACUCAAAAGAUUGGGAAGACAUUUUGCAGUAACUGACGAUGUGCAUUUUAAGUAGUUAGGAAUGACCCAGCUCUUUUUUCUUUUCAAGCAUUUGAAAGAUGUUUGUCAAGCCACUUCACAGCAAGCUAUUGUUUGUCCCCAAAUACCAGUGUCCCCUUUAACCUCCCUUUGGAUACAUUUUCCAUUUGCAUCACCCCAGUUGACUUCCUUUCCAUGAGCUCACCUGCCUCUGAGGAGUUGAGUGCAGACCACAGCACGUUUGCUUAGUAGCUGGCCUGCCUGUGUACAGUGUAGACCCUGCUUCACGGAGCUUCUCUGCUUAAGCGUUUGCAUGACUGAGUGCUUUGAAGUCAAUCUUUAAAAUGCACAGGUUAUAAAUACAGAAGAAAGAGCAAUCCACCCAACCUACCAAGCACCCUGCAAAUGUCCGUCCUGAGACUAGAUCUCAGUUCCGUGUUUACUGUGAGCCGAUCACAACAUCUGGAAGAAAACGACUGAAACGUUGCAUCUUUGUAUUUAUUACUUGAUGUAAUAAAGCUUAUUUUCAUUAA